GAUCGACGUGGACUUACAGAAGAGUUCUCUGGAAGAGUGAUCGGUCUUUUUAACGUAAGAACGGUUUUUUUUUUUGUUUGACAUCCCCGAUACUGGUAUUUAAUACUACCCAGUAAAGAAGAUUGUCCCAUCCACCGCAUCGGAUUGUUCAAUGAAGGACGAGGGAUCACGUCGUCGUGUCCGACUCCGACGUACGGAGCUGCACGGCGGAGGAGCGGACCUCAUCAGCGCCCUCCCCGAGGAUGUGCUUCUGGAGGUCCUCGUCCGCCUCCGUUGCGCCCGCGCCGCCGCGCGCACCAGCCUCCUCUCCCGCAGGUGGCGCGGCCGCUGGACACAGCUCCCCGACCUCAUAUUCCGCAACGCCACGCUCGCCAGGCUCCUACCGACGCUCACCUCGAUCCAAGCCCGGGUGUCUCUCCUCGACAUCCGCAUCCCUAGUCACCACGGGCUGGAGGCUGCCGCCGUCCCUUCGCUGUUCCAUGCCGCUGCGGGGCUCUCGCCGAUGGAUUUCACCCUGUCCCUCCCGCGCAUGAUGGAUCACGUCGACAUGGAGCUCCCUCGCUUCCACCGCGCCGCUUCCAUCCAGCUGUACGCGGAGAACCUCCGCCUCACGCCGCCAGGUCGCAGCGCCGGGUUCCCAGCGCUCGAGAGAUUGUCCCUCUCGGGCUGCAGCGUCGACCUCGCCGCCUUGGUCCUCCGCUGCCCGUGCCUGCGGGUGCUCUGGGUGGCCCAAGUUUCCCUCGACGACGGCAUCGACAUCCGAUCGGAGUCAUUGCAGGAGCUGUAUGUGCGUGCAGGUUACAGUUCGACAGACCGUAUCAACGUGGAGGCCCCCGUGCUUAAGAAACUGACGAUGCUCUUCCGCACCAAAGACAAGCUCAACGUGUCCAUCGUGGCACCAAUUUUGGAGAAGGUCUCCUGGGAGUGCUCCUCCUAUUCCACGACCACAAUGACUGCUGGGUUUGGUCCAUGGGGCCUCUCGAAAGUGAGCUUACAUACUGCAGAGAGCCUCGGACACCGGGUGAUCACCGGCGCCGGGGAAGACACAUGUUUGCAGCUCUCCAACGUUAAUGUCCUGUCCCUGCAAAUGAAGCCUUGUGGUCUGUUUGAUGCACAGCUCGACUUUGUGAAGAAAAUAGAGGAACAUCUGGUUACCGACUUCUCUGUUUUGGAGCUAAUAAUGGAGUAUGAUUAUGGUAUGAGAUCGGCAGGCCACGUUUUUGGACGAUUUGUGUUCCAUCUACUUGGGUCACAUCGGAUUCGUACUGCUACACAACGGCUUCAGAUCCUCCUUCUGAGAUCAAAGGAGAAAGAAGAAUGUCCAGUAAAUUGUCCCUGUGAUGAGCACAGGAACUGGAGAAGCGAAAAUAUCUCUCUGAUCAAUCUUGAAGAAGUGGUAAUCGAUGGCUUCGAACCGGAGGAUCAUGAGUUUGAUUUCUUGAAAGCGAUAUUCAGAUGUGCACCGAUGCUUAAAAGAAUGGCCGUGGGCACAUCGUAUAAGGUCACAACAAGUAACAACUGGUGCACGGAAUUAUAUGACAUCUUCAAGGCUUAUCCUUUGGUGGAAUGCAAAUUAAUGCGACAUUGAUCUUAGUUUUGGUAAGAAGGUAUUGCAUGAAUUUUUAGUAUGCUUCUAGAUGCAACGAUUUAAUUUAUCUUUGGACAGUUUUGUCGAAGCCUUGAUCAUAGGAUCACUUAUCAUGUAUCACUGGCAUCAGCUGUUUUGCUUUUUUUCACCGGUUGAUCUUUGUAUCAACCUUAGCGGAUCGUUGAAAUGUAAUAAGUGUGAUGUUGAUACUCUAAAUAAAGUAAUAAAGAAGCCAUAUGCAUCAUUUUGAUGCAGAGGCUGGGGUAUCCCCCAUUUCGAAAAAAGUUCUGUCAA